UGUCCUCGCAGAGCUGCACGAGAGAAGGACCUUUAAACAGCAGAACACAGUAGAACCCGACGACGACCUUCGACUAAGCCGAACUGGAUUGGUGCCAGUCUCCCGUUCUGGAGACUUGAAAUAGGGUUGUUCGCAACUUGUCUUGUGCGGCUGUGAUCCAAGAUGCCUCUAAAUGAUGAGCGACCCACCUCCACAUCCAGCGGCGAGGACCAAAGCAGCGAUGUGGAGUCAUCGUCUGAAUGCUGUGACAACAUGGCGUUGUCCAGUGACCAGGACUCUUCACGUCACAGCUUCAAUAGUGACGGCUCCAGCAAGCAUUGCACACCCUCCUCAAGUCCACCCAAAGUCUUAACUCUUGAUGAAGUCAUGGAUGCUGGAAGAGACCUGUUCAAUCUCAGAAUUUCACAUGAGAUUGUCAUGAACCCAGAUUUCCACAUGGAGCUGAAUAGCCAACAACAACACAGUUUAUGGAAUCAGGUAAAACAGAACCUCGACAAGGCUUAUUGGGACGUCCUGGAGACUGAGCUGAACGAUGACCCACCCGUGUAUGAACAUGCCAUAAAAUUACUGGAGGAGAUUCGAGAGAUCUUACUAUCAUUCCUUAACCCGGGUGCCAAUCGGAUGCGAACCCAGAUUAUGGAGGUUCUGGACAUUGACCUGAUACGUCAGCAGGCUGACAACAAUGCAGUAGACAUCCAGGGACUUGCCGCAUACAUCAUCAGCAUCAUGGGCAAGUUGUGUGCUCCAUCGAGGGACGAGGACAUCAAGAGGCUACGGCAAAACACAGAUAACAUAGUGACACUCCUGAGGGAGAUAUUCCGUGUCCUGGAGCUGAUGAGGGUAGACAUCGUCAACGUAACAAUUGCAAGCUUAAAGCCUUUGCUGCAGCGGAGCUGUGUUGAAUAUGAGAGGGAAACAUUUCAGAACAUCCUGGAAAAAACACCCAGUGCUUUAAACCACACCACCUCCUGGAUCCAGUCUGUGCUGGAGGAGCUGCUGUCCAGCAGCGUCCCUGCUGAACAAACUAAGGAUAAUGGUAAAGGACAGCGAGCCCUACCUGGGCCCUUCCAGCUCAUCAACACCGCCUUUCUCCGCCUUCUUACAUGGGACUAUUCAAAGAACCCAAUACCCGAGACUUGGGUGACCGAUGAGACCCGUCUGCAAGAGAUUCAGUGGCAGCUGAAGCAGUGUCAGGCAGUGAAUGAGGUGCUGCUCAUUGUUUACAGCACCAUAGGAGGGCCUGUCCAGGGUCUCCCCACUCUGUCUGACCGUCUGAAGAGAAUGACCAGUGUGCUGUUGGAUGGGAUGCACAGACCGGACUUCAACCUAGAAGAGUCACUAGAGGGUGUCAGCAGUCAGAUCUGCUGUGAGCUCAACAAGUCUUUAACUGAGAGGGACUACCCUGCACUGACCCCAGAGCUGCAGGCCACGCUCACGGGCCAGAUCUGCAACAUCACCCAGAAGGACAAUGUCAUUCGCACUCUAGUUGAGGAUCGCGUGCAGCAGUACUUCAUGGCGCUCAUCUCUGACUCCAAAUCCCAAGUUAAACUUGAAGAAGUACCAGCCGGCUUGAGUGCAAUCAAGCCUGAACUGACACUGAUUGGAAAAAAGUUCAUCUCGCUGGUCAACUACAACAAGGCUGUCUAUGGACCUUUCUAUGCUGACAUCAUCAGGAAGCUGAUAUCCAGCAUCAGUCUACCAGAAGCAAGUCUUCCUAAGGACACAGCUCAGGAUUCUGUAACCAGUGAAUAAGAGAGCACUGUGGCUUGCGACUGAGUUAUUCUGUUAGACAUUGUUUAUUGUGUGGAGGUGGGGCUCAUCUGUGUAGAACAACUAUAUUUGAGCAUGUUGACACUUGAUAUAAGACAAAAUAAAAGCAUUAAGGACAAAAAGAACAGAGUCAAAAGAAAAAUAAUGAAAAAAGAUAUGAUCAGUGCAUUAUGGGAGGUCCUUAUUGUGGUUUUUAGAACCACACUUUGCAGGAAAUGCAGGGUAUUGCAGGUGCGCCCUUUAUGAUAAAUGCUCAAAGUUCUGCUUACAUAUAAACGUAAACAACUACACACUAGAAAAGCAGUGUUACAGUGAACCUUUUCCAACUUAAUAGUGUCAUCCCAGUGAAUUUCUUCCCAGUCUCCCUUUAACUUUUGUGGCAGCAGAUAACAGACAAGGGCAAAACUAGAAUAUUAUAAUACAUACAGUCAGCUUUAUAAAGCAAAACAUAUAUUUUGUAACAGCUUAGAUUCUUUACAUAUGCAAGAUAUUUAUUGUAUACUGAUUUUAAGGUAAUUAAACAAUACAAAAUAUAAUGCAUAUUGUGCACAGCAAGUGCCAUAGUUGAAGAAAUUAAUACAAAAACUGAGUUAUCGAUCUAUCCAGAGAGUUCAUACAUUGAUUAUUGUCCCUUACCCUCUGUUUAUUUUAUUUUACUGUCUUUAUUUCAUUUUAUUUUUUGUAAAUCAGCCAGAGAACUAAACGCUCUGUCUUGUUUUGGAUCCUGACUUUGUAGGCCAAGUAACACCAUGACUGCAUGAGAAGCUUCGUGUUGGAGUUUUAAGUUUAGUAAUCAGUUGUGCAUUUGGUAUAUUUGUUACAUGUUCAAACUUUGUUGUGUACUAUUUCUUAUUUACUAGUGGAGUACUUGUUAUACUGAUCUUGUUGUUAUGCUUGUUUCAUUGUUAGGUACUGUUCUUUUGACAGUGUUGCCAUGUUUGCUGUUAAACAUGUCAAAAAACAGAGGUGCUAAACUCAAAAGUAAUCUGUGUUUCCAGAGGACCUUAAUAUGCACAGAGAAGAGCAUUUGUGUAGUUCUACAAAAGUUUACAUGAAAAUGGGGGAAGUUGAGGUUCUUUUUUUCUCUACCACGGAUACUAUAAUAAAACUGAAAAAAAAUUGUGUUAUU